ACACUACAUGACGUGAAUAUCGAAAUCAUGCUAACGCUAGCUCGGUUUCAUUUUGACAGGCCGCUGUUGUUGACAUUCAUUGUUUAUUUGGCACAUGUGUAGACCCGUCCUGGCCCGCUUUGAGGACCUGCUUGUGUUUUUUGUGUAUUUGUCGGGGAUGUACGGAUGGAUAUUAGACAGAAUCUCGUCGUUUUUUGAGCCCGACGCAGGGCAAAAGCACGAAACUAACGAGGAGCAAGCGAGUGGCGCCAGACUAAGGCGGCGCGAGGGCCACGGGCGACCGGUUAAACGGAACUAUCAGAGUGUUGAUGCUGCAGACAGUGUUAGUCAGAGUGACCAGAUAGAGGCGAAAAGACGAAGGGGAGAUGUGAUCAAUUUUGUGAAGAACACCGUGGCUAGGGUGACAAGUCUGUUCCGAGUGCGCAAACCGCUGCUAUCCACAGACUCUGACAAGCACGAACAAUAUGACGACACACAGUCUGUUACACUGGGAAUCGAUGAGCUGCACACCCCGUGGCUGACAAGCAUUGAGUGGAGAAUGGAUAAACCAGGGCUUGAGAGAUCUGUGCAGAAUCAUUUUCAGAGCUCCUCACCUCCUUUAAUGAGGAAAUUCAGUGGGACCUCUUCUGGGCUCCUUGACAAAGAGAGGAGAGGCCCCUUGCAGCUGCUGCCUUCACGGCCUACUGUUAGCAUGGGAAUGCCCAACUCUGACCAAACUUGCAAUGGCUUUGGACACACCCGCUGCUACAAGUCCAGCCUCACUGUGGAAGAGGCCAUAAAGCAGAAUGACAAGGAACACUACAGACGCCUACUGGAGAUGGUCACAGAGAAGUACAGCAAGAGCCAACCGCUACCUUUCAACCAAACAAAACCACAACCUGUGUCUGUAUCACAAGGUCAACACACGGUGACGGCUUCAAGAAAACCUUUUGAGAAGACACCCAAAAAGAUGGGAUAUUCCACUGCCCCCACUAUGCUGGCUUGGAGAAAUGCAUCUGCAAACAAGGGCAGAUGGACGGGGCUGCCUCUCAGUAAAUCUUACACAGCAGCACCAGAAGACAGCCAGCGUGGGCGAGGUGCAAAGAAAACAGUACCUGAGUUGGACCUUUCCACAGAAGUAGCCACUCGCCUCAACCUCGUCGAUCGAGUGCCGCCUACCGUCAGCCUGCCCGCACCGCACGCGUUGCAUGCAAGACACACUGCUGAGGACAUACCCCGACUUACUCAGGAGAUGGCGACAGAAGUAAGCGCUGCUCUGGCACAGAAUGACCCCAAUUUGGUUUUAAGUGCUGCUUUCAAGCUGCGCAUCACGCAGAGAGACUUGGCGACUCUUCAGGAGGGCGGCUGGCUCAAUGACGAGGUGAUCAACUUCUACCUGUCCCUGGUCAUGGAGCAGUGUUCCGACACGGGAGCGAGAGUGUACUCGUUCAGCACCUUCUUCUACCCCAAGCUCCGAGGCGGAGGAGUAGCGGGCCAACCCGGGGGGCACGCCGCCGUGAAGCGCUGGACGAAAGCCGUCGACCUCUUUCUGUACGACUUGGUUCUAGUCCCUCUGCAUCUAGGCGUCCACUGGGCUCUAGCGGUGAUAGAUUUGAAAGCAAAGACAGUGAAGUCCUACGAUUCAAUAGGCCAAAGACAUGACGACAUUUGCAGUCUUUUACUCCUCUACCUCAAGGAGGAGCACAAAGCAAAAAAACUCAGAGAACUCGACAUCUCAAAGUGGACUGUUGGUUGCAUGCGAGCCUCUGAAAUCCCCCAGCAGAAAAAUGGCAGCGACUGUGGAGUGUUUGCAUGUAAAUAUGCACAAUACAUCGCUAAAGGAAGACCCCUCACCUUCAAACAGUGGCACAUGCCCCUCUUCCGUAAGUUAAUGAUUUGGGAAAUUUUGCAUCGGAAGCUGCUGUAACAUGUCCGUUCAUGCUGAAGAAACGUAUACAGACAUUGCAAGGAAAGGAAGAAGAAGAAGAACCGAGCUUGGAGGACGAUUUGUCCGACUGAAGACCAGCUGCUCACCGUUUAAGACUUCAUUUACGUCCCUUUACAGCUCUGUGACAUGAACCUGUUGUAGUCUCUGAGUUUUAAUUAGAGACAUGCACAUUGAGAGCUUUGCUGCUGGCCGAGUGACUUUUUUUUUUUCCUUUUUAUUUAAUUUUUUUUACCUUUGCAUUCUUUGUAUAAUUGUCAUUAGUACUGCCACAAGUGCCUUUUAUCUUCUCACACUGACCUCAGAUCGAAACUGGAGCGCGACCAUGAUUGGAUUCCAAUGUAGGAUUUAACAAGCAGCAGACAAGCAUGUUUAAGUUAAACUUGCGGAAAAUACAUGAAGUUCUUUUUUUACGACGUGACUGAAUUAGUUUUUUGGGAAGUAUAUAUUUAGUUGUGCUUUCUUCAAUGAAUGUAGUUGUUUAUACCCUGACUGAAGCAGUAAGAGGUGUGAUGGUAAUGUACAGUACCGUUUUUUACAAUUGCAUAGCAAACUACUGUAAACAGGCAUGUUGGGAGUUCAUGCUUUAAAAUGUGAUGCCCCCCAAAAAAGGAAUAAAUGUUAUUAAUGUAACCUCCA